AUGGUGACCGGUAAUCGGCAGCGAGUGGUACUGCACUUCGACAUCAAUCGCACGAUUCUCAUGUCAGACGCAGCAGGUGGUCGUACCAUGGAAGAUACCGUCAAUUAUCUCCUCUCUGAGUGUACAUGGGGCUACGCCAGUCGUUCUACAAGUCCGUCGAAGUGGAUAUGUGUCUCAACCGUCCCGUCUCACGACCCACCAGUUGCGGUAAACUCUGCUGGUACUACUCCUGAGCGGCCUCUGAUUACGUACAAACACUUUGUGGACGAAAUGUAUCCGUAUGUCAGUUUAGCUUCAACUAGUGAUAGUUGCCAUGCUGUGGACCAGAUCAAGGCAAUCAACAAGGCAGCCAAGAACAAGCGCACGGCUUUACAGUCGGCGUUCACGGGGACUCCAAACGCUCCUGGCCAUUGCAUCCAGCAGUCGUUUGAUAAUGUGAUACAUCAAUUACACUUUCCAAUGGGCGAGCAGCGAGACGCAGCCAAGCAAAUGGCUACAAAUAUGCCACCGUCUCGUCUGCAGGAAGCUUGGAGUCAAGGGCGGUACUAUUUGCUGCCGUCGUUUCUGCACUUCUUGUCAUACUUGGCAUCGCCGAAAAUGACGCAGAAACAGCUGGAUGUGAAACUGGUGUUCCGUACAUUUGGCGAGGAUAUUGUUGAAGUGAAGCGGGAAUUAGAUCUCUUGGUCGAUGGACAACAUCCGGUUGGAAUGCCAGCGUUGCCUGAGCACUUUCGAUUGAACUUGUCGCCAAAUGCGCGUUGCGUUGGUACGUUCUACCGUGAUGGAUUUGGAGCUAAUGGUACCGCUUUGGCGGUGGGGACGCUGGCCAAAGUACCCUUUUCGACCAAGCUCGCAGAAGAAGGGGCAACUGCACCCGAUAACUUUUAUGCGAGGUUCAACAACAAAGUCGAGGUCGUUCGUGGUUUCCAACCAAUUCAGGAGACGCUGGAAGGGAUGUUUCGUACGGCCGAUACACUGGCGCUUCGUGAUUACUGGGAGUGGUGGAGCGUCCAUGCUGAAGGCAACCAGUACGGAAAACUGCUGUUGAUCGAUGAGGAGAAAGUGGAGAGGGACGGUGAUCUCGUCGUGUUUCUUGAUGAUCACAUCGAGGCACACCAUGCACAUAUUGUGGACGUCCGUGAUGUGCGGUCGGGAGAUCCAGUGGACUUUGGGAAGAGUCGUGCGAAGUAUCUCCAGCGCGUGGAGCCCAUUGAGGCCAUCACGAACCCAAACUACUUCAUCACACUGUUUGCAACACACGUGGCCAAAGUCAAGUAG